GUAUCUGUAAGCAGCUUGUUGAGAUACAUCAAGCUGUGCAGGAACGCUGUCGGGCACCGUUUCCUUCAGACAAAGUCAGUAUAUGGAAGUAAAUGAAUGAAUUUUGCAAAUUAGGUGUUCACACCCUUGCUUUUAAAGUCUGCCCCUGCUGUGACUCCUGUUGACCAUAAGCAAGAAGACAAACCCCUUCAUAAAAAAGGAAUGAAGCGCGUCACAUGCUCGCUGUCUAAUCGCAGCUCGCCCGAUAGUGCCAUUGAACUAAAUGUAGCGCACUCCAGUGCUGGGUAAAGCUAUGUGUUUGACCCCCGCAAAGUUAAAGGGCCACUCAAAUACUGCCUGACAGUGCCUGUGUGUCGUCUACUCAAGUUCACCAAAGUCAGCCAACAGCUGUGGUUCCAGAUUGCAUCCUGUUUCUUCUUCUACAACAGCAAGGUCAUCCACAUCCUAGUGCAGCCUGUUUCUUCUUCUACAACAGCAAGGUCAUCCACAUCCUAGUGCAGCCUGUUUCUUCUUCUACAACAGCAAGGUCAUCCACACAUCCUAGUGCAGCCUGUUUCUUCUUCUACAACAGCAAGGUCAUCCACAUCCUAGUGCAGCCUGUUUCUUCUUCUACAACAGCAAGGUCAUCCACAUCCUAGUGCAGCCUGUUUCUUCUUCCACAACAGCAAGGUCAUCCACAUCCUAGUGCAGCCUGUUUCUUCUUCUACAACAGCAAGGUCAUCCACACAUCCUAGUGCAGCCUGUUUAUUCUUCUACAACAGCAAGGUCAUCCACACAUCCUGCAGCCUGUUUCUUCUUCUACAACAGCAAAGUCAUCCUGCAGGUGCACUGCAACUCUGAAAGCCUCUGUCUUCUACAACAGCAAGGUCAGCCAUUUAGCCAGUGUCUUCUACAACAGAAAGUAAUUAUGAAUUCGUCUGAUAUUGCAAAUCGAGUGAAAACUUGGCUGUCAUCUGCACGGCAUGUUAAGGUCCCUGAUCAGUGGCUAGAAGCUUGCAUAAACUGGAUCCAAGAAGAAAAUGAAAGUUCCUCUUUGUCACAGGCAGAAAUCAAUAAACAAGUAUUUGACCAAUGGCUUCUUACAGAUUUAAGAGAUUUAGAGUUUCCAGUUUUGCCACAAGGCAUCUUAGAGUCUCUCAAAUUUGAAUUGAAUGGUUUUUAUGCACUUCAGAUGGAUUCUCUGGUUGAUGUGAGCCUUCCUGCUUAUUCUCAACUUCAGAAGUUAAGGGGAAGGGACAAUCCGAAUGAGCAAGUUACAGCUACAACACAAGCAACCCAAAAGCCAUGGGAAGCAAAGCCAAACCGCAUGCUUAUGCUACAGCUUACUGAUGGAACACAGCAGAUUCAAGGUAUGGAAUACCAGCCUAUUCCAAUUCUUAACACCACCCUUCCUCCUGGUGCAAAACUCUUACUGCAAGGAACCGUUACAGUCCGCCUUGGAGUCCUUCUACUUAAACCGGAAAAUGUUAAAUUCCUUGGGGGAGAAGUAGAGGCUCUUUUAGAGGAGCAUUCUCAAGUCCAAGUUCUUUCACGGUUAAUUGGUGCAGAAGUCAGCCGAUUGCCACAAAGAUCAGAUACACAAGAGCAAGACGUGGCAAGCCGUGCUGAUGAUAUUGGGCAAGUUGUAGGUCCCUCAGAUGAAGAUUUAUUAGCAAGCCUUGAUGAUAAUUUAGAAUUUACCAUUAACAAUGGGACUGUUCGUGACAGUGGAUAUUAUAGCAGAAAUGACAGCUCAAGUCACAGUUCAAAUAUUUCUUAUUUAGACCGCCAGCAGACCCAGGAAUUAAGGGCUGGGCAAGAUUAUUUACCACUGCCAAACCAAAAUGUACGAGUGAACAUAAGAGACCCUGUAGUACAAGAUUAUGAUAUAGAUGAUGACAUAUUUUUGGAGGAGGAAAUUCAGAGAGAAUUAGAAGAAACGUCCAUGAGCCAAGCUGAGACCACACAUAGAAAUAAAGAUUUGCCUACAGCUAUUUCCUCUACAUUAAACAGACAUACUUUCGAUAAUGAUGUCUCAAGAGACAAUUUAGAUAAUCCUCCUUUUACAUACCUGUCAGUGAUAUUUUCCAGUAAAAUCAGUGCAAUAAAAUCUGUAAAACUUAAGUCAUUUAUUGUAACUCUUAAUGGAAACCUCACAAGCUGCACUGGCUUCUGGAGUAUAAAAGCCAAAAUAUCUGAUGGAACUGGUUACCUUGAUGUGGAGUUCAGUGACACUGUUCUAACAAAGUUGAUAGGAUUUUCAGUACCAGAGAUGAAAAAAUUAAAAAAAGAUCCAACCCAGAAAACUAAGCUAAUGAAUGGUCUUCAGAAAUGUCAACAAGAAUUGACGGACUUUUGUGGCAUUAUGACCAUUUCAUACAACCCCACAAAUUCAGAAGCAAGUGUUGUGGCGUUAGAGAAUGUGAAUGAAGAAACCAUGGAGUCUUUAAGGAUCAGGGUCAAUCGAUAGCAAGUACAUAGAUAUAAGUAGGGUGCUUAUUAGAUGCUUAUUAUUUUUUUUAUUUUUUUUGCACAAAAUAUUCUGUGAUAAGCACUCUUUUUUUUU